AUGGUGAAGCUCACGGCUGAUUUGAUCUGGAAAAGUCCUCACUUCUUCAAUGCUAUCAAGGAGCGAGAAUUGGAUCUACGAGGUAACAAGAUUCCUGUAAUCGAAAACUUGGGUGCUACUGAGGACCAAUUUGAUACAAUUGAUCUCUCUGAUAAUGAGAUUGUUAAGCUAGAGAACUUUCCACACCUCAACCGCUUAGGAACUUUGCUCAUAAAUAACAAUCGGAUCACCCGGAUAAAUCCUAAUAUUGGAGAAUUCCUUCCGAAACUUCACUCUUUGGUUCUUACAAAUAACAGGCUUGUGAAUUUGGUUGAAAUUGAUCCCCUUGCCUCCAUUCCAAAGCUUCAGUACCUGAGUUUAUUGGAUAAUAAUAUCACCAAAAAACCGAACUAUCGCCUUUAUGUUAUUCACAAGCUAAAAUCACUUCGAGUACUGGAUUUCAUCAAAGUUAAAGCCAAGGAAAGAGCUGAAGCUGCGGCUUUGUUUUCAUCUAAAGAAGCAGAAGAGGAGGUUAAAAAGGUGUCUCAGGAGGAAGUUCGAAAAGUGUCAGAGACUGCAGAACAAACAGAAACUCCGAAAGUGGUGGCCCCAACACAGGAGCAAAUUUUAGCGAUCAAGGCUGCAAUUAUCAACUCCCAGACGAUAGAAGAAAUUGCCAGACUUGAACAGGCUUUGAAGUUUGGCCAGGUUCCUGCAGGCCUUAUAAUUCCUGAGAAGCCUACAUCUGAUGUUAACGACGGAUCUGGUCCUAUGGAGGACAAGCUAUUAAAGUUCCUGUUUAUCGUGCGCCAAAGUGGUUCUGAAGAAGUUAGGAUGACUACGCUACUUGUUUGCUCAACUGGUUAUCCAUAA